AAUUCCUGCAAAAAAGAAGACCAAAAAAUCUAGACUGACCUUUAAAAAACCGUAUUAUACGUCUAAUCAAUAGAAUUAAAUUUAAACUUCACCCCGAUCAAAAAGCUCCUUCCGAAAUGUCUCUUACUGAUGACGGGAAUACCACUGACUCCUCGACAUUAUCUCAGUAAUGACUCGUUUCUUUCUUUUUAAACUAGUACAUUCUCUCUGAUAUAGUGGAACUGCGAUGGAUUUUAUCCUCGACUAGAAUGAAUUCAGAAAAUCAUUUCCUCCCACAAACCUGACUUCCUUUGUCUCCAAGAAACCAACUUCAAAAUUGAUCAUCAUCGCAAUUUGAGAAACUUUGAAGGAUAUAAUUCGUACGAACUGCAUAAGAGCCAGUGGGGGUACUUCAAUAUUUGUAUCCAGCGAUAUAUACUUAUCUCAUCUCCCACUAACAACAAACCUUGAAGUAGUAGCUGUUACUACUUGGUGCCCCUAUAAAUUUACCAUUUGCAGUAUAUACAUUACACCGGAUCACCCCCCUUAAUGAAAAAGAAUUAACAGACUUAAUUCUUAAGCUUCCCCAACCAUACAUCCUUGUUGGAGACUUUAAUGCACUAGAGACAACACAAUAGAAAAAGUCAUAAAUUCAACUGGUCUGUUAAAUACUGGAUCGAAAACUCACUUUAAGAUCUCAGGUUUCUACUAUGUUAUUGACCUCAGCUUCAGUAACCCUAAAACUGCACUUUCUCUUUCUUGGCAAGUUUUCGAUAACCUACAUGAUAGCAACCACUUUCCUAUUUAUUAUAUUCAAUCUCUAUAAUAAAGAAACUAUUGCCUAAAAAAUGCAAACUGGCAUAGUUUAUUCCUCUCUCCGGAUCCUACUUAUUAUCUUUGAGCAUUUCUACACAUAUAAACGAUACGCUAGAUAUGUUGCCUAAAUGCAUACUCAGAUUGAUGAGAAUUAUAACCCAAGAACAAUAGUAAAAGAGAUAAACGAUUUCUUAUAAUGCAAUGUAGGUGGCAGACUAUUUUGUAAGGAAAAAUAAAGAGAAGCCAGUGAUAAUUGUAAAAUUUGCAACACCAUCAGUCAAAGCAAAUGUAUGUAAAAACAGGAAGCAAAGAAGCCUUUUCACAACUAAGCUAAGCUGUCACCAGUGAAAACAAGUUACUCGUAACCAAAUAUUUAUUAACGAAAAGUUAAUUCAUAAAAAAAUAUUGUUUAACGAGGCCUUAAGGUUUAAAAAAGAUCACCAAUACAAAUUUUGCAGGUUUAGAAAUAGAAAAGUUUUUAUUCGUAAAGAUGAAAACUUACCCAUUAUAAACAUACAAAGUAAGGAAGACCUACCAGCUUAAUAUGUGCAAUAUAAAACUACAUACAAAGAACAUUUGUGUUAUUUAUGGAGAAUAUAAAUGUUCAAGAACUCAACGAUUUUAAAGACCUAAAGAAUAAAUAUGGAAAACGGUACUGGGUUGGAAUAUCAACAAUCCCAAGAAAAUGUAAGGGUCUUUAUAAGGGUAAGGCCGCUUAGUAAAAAAGAACUGUCUGAAGGAAAUGAAAAUAUUGUUUUAUGCGAUUAUAGAGAAAAUCUAAUUGCAUUAAGAAAAAAUGGAGAGCAUACUAAGCCUUUUAAAUUUGAUCAUAUAUUUGGAUUGGAUACUACACAAUUGGAAAUGUACAAGAUGACAGCAUUUCCAAUAGUGGAUAAAGUGUUAGAAGGUUAUAAUGGUACUGUUUUUGCUUAUGGCCAAACAGGAACAGGCAAAACCUACACUAUGGUAGGCAACCAUUUGGUUCCAGAACUAAAAGGUAUUGUGCCAAAUACCUUCUCUCAUAUUUUUAGUCAGAUUGCUAGAGCUAGUGAAGAAAAGUCAUUUGUUGUAAAAGCCACCUAUUUAGAAAUUUACAAUGAGGAAGUACGUGAUCUCUUAGCCCAAAAUCCCACCAAAAAGUUAGCGAUACGAGAGAGAAAGGAUAUUGGUGUGUACGUAAAAGAUCUUAUGGGCUUUACCGUUGACUCUAUACAAGCUGUCACUGAAUUGAUUAAUCGUGGUAAUAAAAAUAGAAUUACUAGAUCUACUUUGAUGAAUGAUGUUAGCAGCAGGUCACAUGCAAUUUUCACUGUUACUAUUGAGUCUAAGAAUAGACAGGAUAAUAAAACUACUGUGGGAAAGUUGAACUUGGUUGAUUUGGCAGGCUCUGAGAGAGCGUCUCGUACUCAAGCAACUGGAGAAAGAUUGAAAGAAGCUAGCAACAUUAAUCUCUCUCUUUCUGUUCUUGGAAAUGUGAUAUCGGCCUUAGUUGAUGGGAAAAGUACCCAUAUUCCCUAUAGAAAUUCAAAAUUAACAAGACUUCUGCAAGAUUCUUUAGGUGGCAAUUCAAAAACAGCUAUGAUUGCUAUGAUUAGUCCUGCUGACAUAGAUUAUGAAGAAAGCAUGUGUACACUAAGAUAUGCAUCUAGGGUCAAAUUUAUUAAGAACUGCGUUAAAAUUAAUGUUGAAGAAAAAGGACUAAUUGAAGGUUUUGAACUUGAAAUUGCUGAAUUGAAAGAUCGACUUGCUCAACUAAGUGUAAUGGAACAGCGAAGGGAACAGAAGAGGAAAGACAGAGCAGUUAGUGCUGAAGAAAAGGAGAGAUUCAAACAAACUGCGAUGGAAUUGGAGAGAACAGAAAAAAUAAAGAACGAGCUAGAAGAAAAGGUGGCCUUAAUUCAAAAGAAAAUUCUUGUUGGUGGUGAAAAUUUACUGGAAAAAGCUCAGCAACAAGCAUUUUUCUUAGAAUCUUCUGCAGCUGAAUUAGAAAAUUUAGACAGGAGUCAUCAACAUUUAGAAGAGCAACUAAAUAAAAAAACUCUAGAAAAAAUAGAUGUAGAAGAACAGUAUUCUUCAUUACAAGAAGAAGACGUCGGUCUUACUAAGAAGCUGAAAAAAGUUCAGUUGUUUAUAAAAGAAGCUAAGGAAGAACAUUCUGAUAAAGAACGAGAAUACCAAAGAGAUUUAGAAGCACUAUAUGACAAUAAUAGGUUAUUAGUUCGGGAAACCCAACUUGCUAAUCUUAUUUUAGAUAACUACAUACCUUCUGAAUAUUUGAAAAAAAUUCAGUACAAUAUGAUUUGGAGUAAUGAUGGUCAAGAAUACCAAAUGAGGGGUGUUGCUUAUACUGGUAACAAUAUGAGAAAACGUCAAAAUACUAGUGCUGAAACCUUAAUUCAGGUGAGAUUUGAUAUGAAGCAACCUUUCCAUAAGUAUCCCGAAAGAAAAAAGGAGAAAUCAAGAGACAAACGGCAACUUCCCAAAAGUUUAUCGGCUGCACCAAAGUCACGUUAGUAGUAAUUUAUUUCAUAACAUUCAGUUGCAAAAAAAAUCAAUUGAAUAUCAUUCUUUUUUUAAACCCAUAUUUUCAAUUUAUUCCACAAAAUGAUUUUGAUGAUUUUUUUCUUAUAAAAUGUUGUCACUAUUUUUGUCUCUUUCAAAAUCAUUAAAAAUAUAAAGCUGUAAUAGUAUUACUUUGAUUAUUAAAUUCAAUUAUUUGGAAUGAUAACUUGUAAUAGUUAGAGGAGUCAUAUUAAAUAAUUUUAUCAAAUUUCAAAGCCACACAUAAAUCCUUUUUAUCUAUACACAAUUUCCUCAAAACAAGUGUAAUGUAACCUUGCUUCAAGAACAUAGUAGAGUCACAAAUAUAACUAAUUAUUUCAUUAUAUAAUUGCAUUUUCAUAUAAUUUUUGCAGCUGAAUGAAAUAUUUGUCUUGUAUUGAAACCUAUUAUAGAUUUCAAGCCAUUAAUACAAUUUUAUAUAGACAUGUAAUCAGAUCUCAAAUCAUGAAAUAAUCUUAAACAAUAAGUUUUUUUAUCAUGCUUAUAACCACUUAUAUUACUUGAAUAAAGGUGCACAAGUAAUUGUCUAAGGGUGAAAAGCAUAGUUAGAAGGCACAAUCACCGAGGUUCUAGAUGUAAUUCUACUAAACUAUAGUAGUUUGCUAUCUAUCAUGAUUUUUGUUUUUUGAAAUGGAAAAUCGACAGAAUGAUAUUUGCUUUUUAACUGAAGAAAUCAUCUAAAAAAUAAAUUAUACGUAUGUAACGAUUUUAUAUAUUAUUUAAGAUCAUUAAAAUUUUUGACUUAAGCAUAUCCAUUAUUGAAAAUUCUCAUAUAGAAGCAAAUCCCAGUGACUUGAUUGUUUCAGUAUUUUCCCUGUCGCUCUGCACGUCAUUUACCACCUCGAUUGUGAUAGUAUUCCAUAUGAUUUUGUUGAGGGACUUUAUUGGAUAUCUGUUUGUUUUAGAGUUUGAAAGAGGAUAUUUAGGUUUUUGGUUUUUAAAAUAGGAUGGCUUAAAAGGCUGAUUCUGUUUUUAAUGUUAGGAUAAGUUUCAUUCUCAUAAAAGUGGUAAUUUAUAUAUUGUCCUGAGUUAGAAGGUUUCCCGUACCAGUCACUCAUAAGUGAGUUGUUACUUCUGAUUAUUUUGGUGACUAAAAAAGGUAACCCUAUUGGUUUCUAUUUUCAAAAUCAGAACUCAAGAAAAAUUGUCUUCAUUAAAGUAAUUUUUUAUAUAAUGAAGAGCAACAGAACACCUAAUAUAAUAAAAUGCUACACAAAUCAAAAAUUUUAUGGCUUACCUAAAGUUCACAAAACCCCACUAGAGAUAUCUGCCCUAUGUCUUAGUAUUUAGAUAAUAGACUAUAAGGUCAUCAAUACGAUAAAAAAAAUAAAACUGCAUUAACUCACCAUGAAAUAUCAAAAAAAUUGAUUCAAUUAUAAAGGUUCAAAAAUUCUUGGAAAGGAAUUUAAUACACGAAAAAGAGAAUUUUUCGAAAUGGUUCACAUUCAUAAGAACGAAAAAGCUAUAAAUGAUGAAAAAGAUCUAAAUAAUUUAAGUGAAAUUUAUAACUCUACUUCGUAGAUUCUAAUAAAGCUACAAAUAAUUUAAUCAAGUACUGCUACCAGAUAACAAUGCUACAUUAAAUUUAUUGAUUAUAAUGAACCAUUAAAUACCUUUGGGGAAACAAAAUUCUGCAAAUUAUUUUGGUUGGAAGUCACAUGAAUCAUUUGCUUUGAGGAAUUUAUGGUUCUAUGUUCCAUUCUAAUAGGUUAUCAGCACUGUAAUCUUUCUACGUACCAAUUAUUAAAUAUGUAUUGCGUAUUAGAACAUAAAUUGAUUAAUAUCAAAGUAAAAUGAAUUAUUUGAGAUCAGAUUUGUCUUAAAAACAUAGUCUGUAUAAUGGUUGGAUAUAGCUAGUAAUUUCAAUUUUUUUGUUACUCGUAUAAGGUUACUAUAUGAUUACCUUUAUAAUGUGAAGGGAUUUGUAUGCAAUAUAAUAUUUUUUAACAAAAACUGAAAAAUAAUAUCGUUUUACAGUAUAGUUUAGAGAAAUAUAUCAAAUAUCCUUAUAACGUUAUCGUUAUAUAUCAUACUGUCGAAAUAGAGGUGUAGGGGAGACUAAAGGUGAAGAUGUCGCGUAGCACAGUCUGCUAUACCUCACGGUUUGUCGUCAUAAACUAUAGGAAUACAAAUGACAAUUAAUUCUCACCUUCCAAUUAAUGAUGUAAUUGUUUGCUACAGUUUUCCAAAUAUCAGUAUAAUUUUGUAAAUUGAUUAUUUUUUGCAUAACCUCGUGUCCAAAAUUAUUUUUAAAAUAAGUAUUGCCUUGCGGUAUUAAUAGAACAUUUUUAAAAUAUAUUUUCAUUUUUUAUAUGUGCUAUAUAUUUAUUUGGCUGUUUUUAAACUUAUCGGUAUUGUUAUUCAGUUUUUGAUAAAAAAUAUUAGUAAUUUAUGGAUAAAACCUGGAGAAAAUUGUAUCUUAUAGUGUUUUUCUAAUUUGGGUAUUUCGAAACUUCAACAAUUAUUUAUUCUUUUUUUAGUUACUAAUGCUUUUGAUGGAAAAUUAAAAUAAAAUAAGGUAUUUAUUACUCAACCUAAAGAUCUUAACUUAAAAGUGCUAUCUUUGAAGUAGAAAUUAAUCAAAUCAACUUUCAAAACUAUACUUCUUAUAAUCAAUGCAUAUUGAUAUAUCUACCUAUGUCAAUAUUAUAACAACUUCAAUAUGCUAUUAGUAAAAUAUUAUUAAUCUUUAGAUCAAUCAGUACAUUCUGUAAUAUUUUCUUUGAAACAUUUGGACACAAUUCUUGUAUUUUAAAUUUUAUUAAAAUAACCAAUAUCUAUUUUCUAGGCAUAUGUAUAAGGAAAGAAAGAAAAUUUAAGAGCCUUGUUAGUUUUAGAGAACUUUUUUGGAAUUCUCUAACGAAUCCCACAAUGAUGAGAACCUCUUGCAUUUGAUAAUUAUAUCUCAUAAAUUGAUUUUUCCCCUUUGAGACAAAUAAACCAUUAUCUAUAUCAAAUUCUAUUAAAGUCAAGUAACCUGAAGAUUGGGAAUAUUUAUACUUAUUCACUUUACCUAUCUACAUUACAAAACUUCAACUUAAAUUAGUGAUUUAGAUUGUAUAUAAUAUUUUUUGACAAAGUGUGGCAAUUACUAACUAAACUUUUGAAUUUAUUUAGUCUGGUUUUCAUACAAUUACCAAAAGCACGCAACAUUUUUUAUCCUAAUGGUAGACUAUCACUUUUUUUUCUUGUCAGUGUCUGAUUGUCUUUUGUUUAUACUUCAAAUAAAUUUAAACAAAAACAAUACAUCAUUGAUUAGCAAUUGGAAGGGGAUUGGAGAUUAGAAGUUUUUCUGUCAAAGCCGGACUAAAUAUACCGUUGUAGCUCGAAAAAAAUUACAAUUUGUUGAGAGUAUAAGCUUCAAUUAUUUAAUUUAUUACUUUGAAUUUCUGCUAUUCAGCUUUAAUUUUUGUCAUAUUUUGGAUUGAUUUUUUUGUUUGUCAAUUUUAAGUUGUUCUAGAACACUAUUACCUCUUUUAUGUCCAAUGAAAAUUCGAAUUAGCAGCUCUAGGUUUAAAGUUAAAAUAACUUAGACACCACUAUUUGUUGAUCAUAACUACCAUAAAAGUUCUUUACAAUAUUUUCAAAGUCAAUAUUAUUAUUAAUAUGUGCUACCAGUUUGGUUCUAGUCUAUUAUUUAAUAAGUAUAAUUUUAAGUUGCUUAAGACUGCUUUAUUUUUAGCUCAGUCAUUACAGAAAUCAUAUUUUUAUUAAGUUUUUAAAUAUUUAUUAAUCUAUAAAGGCCAGUAUUAGAAUCAUUGUGAUGUUGAAAUGUAUCCCUUUACAUACACUACUAUUUUCUGUUAAUUGCUGUAAUAAAAUUAUUUCAACUAAUAAACAAAAUUUGAAUAUA